CUUUUUUCACCUGCAAACUGCGCUCGCAAAACCCACGACCAGAAAAUCGCAUGUGAAAGAUUCCCGUGGCCUCAUCCAUUGCACUGCUCCUAGCCUUCUAUUCCCAUCUCCUCUCCGUUGACUUGUAUCAGACGGCAGGAAGAGUCCAAAGUCAACACCGUCUUCAUCUUCACCUCAUUUCGCUCGCUACACCCUCAUGACUGCCGCCUCUUACCGUAUUCUGCCAGCUUCUCGGCCCGUUGACCUCCCCGAAUCAACACUUCCCAACAGAUCCUCCGACUGUCUCUCUGGCCUGACUUCGACUUUGCUUGCAACCUGCGCCCUCGUCUCAAUGCGGUCUUCCGUUUGACGGCUACUGUCUCGUCUCUUUCACCACCUCGUCCUCCUCUCCCACGCCUGUCUUUGUUAUCUCGCCCGCCUCAUCUUCGACUUGCCACAACAUUCACCCAAUCGUCAACCCACCCCCUCCACCCUGGUCAAUACAUCGUCUGCUAGCGGUCCAUUCACUGGCUAUAUCUCACAAGUCUAGGCUGCCUCAGAGCAGCCUAGGAGAAGAGGUGGAAGCGUCGCGUGAUUGAUGUUGGCGACUCAAAGAAUGUCGUCCCAUGGAGGACAACAGACAUUUCCCUUUGGCUACCAACCGGAAAACCUUCAUGGAAUUGGUUUGCCUGAGUUUAUGACACCAGGUCCCCCUCCGGGCCAGCCAUUGCUUAAUGCGCACGAGAAUCAAGACCUGGACAACUUCUUCCAAGGCUUUGAUCAAAAUGCCGCGGCCAAUAAAGCACUUACCCAUGCUCAGUUCACCCCUCACACCGAUCAUGACCAACUCUUUGAUAUGCCACCAAUGUUCGUCGGCUCAGAUACGGCGCUGGCUCAGCGGUCUAUCAUCGAACAGCAUCAGCUAGCAGGAGCUGGAUUCCCGUAUGGAGAUGGCUUUCUGGGACAUGACAUGAACACAGUCUCACAGGCAACUCCACUGGUCGGCGGAAUGCAUGGGGUUUCGUACACUGAUGCAACAUUCCCAAAUCCUCUCAUUGCUCAACUCCAGUCCGCCGCAUCAAUGCAACCCGCUUACACUCAAGGUUGGCAACAGGCAUAUCCACCUCAGACCGCAAUUAGGAUGCCCCAAGCAGGUCGCCUAGGAAUGGACUUUGGCACCGAUUCUCGGUUCCAACCAAGUGGUUAUGCAGCUCCUCACAAUCCCAUGGACCCUGACCUGCCUCAAGGGCUACAGAUGAACAACCCCAUUGGCGAAUGGUUGGAACCCGCAAGUGGGAGCACAACUCAACCGAACACACAGCCAAAUACCCAGCCGUCAAGUCCCACUUGGUCAAAGAAGAGAAAUUUCGACGAUUUUGCAAGAGAUCAACAGCCUCGCAAUGGCGUUAUCGCCUCUGCCCAACAAACCAGCAUGGCUCAACCGUCUCCAUCGCAGUCCAACCCCAGGAGGAAACGAUCAGUGGUCAAGACCGAAAAAGGGGCAUCAAUAUCUCAGCCGCCGACGCCUCUUUCCAACAGCAAACCACAUACUCCGCUCAAUCCUGAUAACCACGGCCUAAGCGAGCAGGAGCCAGAUCCUGAGGUGGAAGUCGAAGGAGAGGACGAAAAUGAUGCUACAGAACAACCCAGGUCACCUUCUCCAGCACCUUGGCCGGCCUCAAAAGCUCGCCCUCCCCGAAAUACAAAGGCGCCACCACCGAAGCCCUCUCGUAAGAAGAAAGCCAGUGUGAAUACGUCAACACCCAUCAAGCCCAAAUCAAAGGUCCAACGUCUCAGUAUCACGUCUACCCGAGUACCUCUUAGCGUCGAGCAAAAGAAAGCUAAUCACACGAACUCGGAGCAACGGCGGCGAGAUGCAACAGCACGUGCCUAUGCGGAACUCUACGACUUGGUCCCCGAACUUGAAGAAAUGGGGAAGCAAAGUACAAUGAAGAAGCUUGAGGUUGUCGUGGCCAAAGUCCAGCGUGUGAAGCAAAAGGUCGAAGAGCUGAGAUCAAAAGUCGGGGUAGAUCCAAUGACCGGGCGGCCCAUCAGUGGUCCAAGUGGAGGUCCGCCGAUGCUCUUGUACAGUGACGUUCCAGGCUGGCGCCAAUGACCGGCCAGGAGAAUGAAUGUACUCCCGUUGGACCAGCGAUCAAUGGACAACAUGCCCUUGCCAGAAGUCCGACAUUACGACGACCGGAAUUGGGUCACCCGUUUAACAGUCAGAAAGAAGUGAACGACAUGACAUGACAACCGCUUUACGACAACCAUUUCAACCUGUGCAAAAUCUCUUUGCGUUACAUACUUUCUCCCUAUUUCCACUUCUUCAAAGAUACCCACUUGAGAUUACGCAAGCUUUUGAUGACAGAAACGGCGCGUUGGACAAAACGUUUAUGGCCGAGGGCGGAUUACUGAGGAAAAUUUCCUUAUCAGUUUUGAAAAAGAGAAAAGAAAAGAAAUCUUCUCGCCAUGUUGGAAAUCACACGGAAAGCAUCAGGACAACCUGACGACAUCGUUCGAGUACACUUUCAGGAAGACCUGAACUUGUGUUGAGAGGAUGCUCAUAAUCUAAUACUGUCCGCACUCAUUCUCCAAGGACAAGAGCUGGCAAUGGAUGAUAAUGGAUACGAGGGCGAUUCAGACGAUGUGGGACAAGUCAAGAAGAGUUCACAAGCCACGCAAGACAGAGGCGGAUACUGUUUCCCUCUCUCGCAAAAUCUCGAAGAGCUGGCGCUCUGAAAACAUGACCGAUUUCGCCUGCCCUCAAAGAUCCUUGGAGAGACAAGCCAUGCUAAUACUGUAGAGUCAAUGCAAGCUGAGGACUAAUUAGAUAUGAUAGCGUCCCACCCUCCAAAGAGGCUCCUCUCUCGUCUCCUAC